UCCGCCGGAGCGCUCUCGGGGUUUCUCUACACCCUUGCAGUCUACCUGGAGUGGUCCAUCUACUGGUUCGUGCCGCUGACGCUGAUCGUGGCGCUAGCUGGAGGGAUACCGGGAAUCUUGACCGUUGUCUACGCGUAUGUCGCGGACGUCAGCUCCACGAAGUGGCUCACACUCCGUCUCGGCAUCGUGGAGUCCAUGGUGUUCUUCGGGAGCGGGACCAGUCUGGCGCUGGGCGGUGUGUGGCUGCAGAGCUCACACUGCAAAUUCGUAGCUCCAUACGCCAUUUACUGCAUCGCCAACAUCCUCAUUCUGGUCUACGUGUUGUUCCUCUUGCCAGAAUCCCUCACCAGGUCGCAGAGAAAGGCAAAAUUCACAGGUUCCUCUGGACUUCGCCACAUUGCGAGAAGCUUCCAGAUAUUCUUCACACGAAAUGAGUACUCUCGCUGGCGUCUCUGGUGUGUCGUGUGCAGCAUGUUCAUCAUCUACCUGGUGUUCACCGGUGCGUCGGAAAUCAGCACCCUCUUCUUGCUCCACGCACCUCUCAAGUGGACACCUGGUGCAAUAGGGAUCUUCCAGGCCAUGUCCCAGCUCUCCUACGGCCUCUCCAUAUUUCUCAUCAUUCCUCUGUUUGUCUAUCUCCGAGUCCCCGAUGCACUCAUUCUACUGAUCGGUGUGUUGUGGGGAACGGUUUGUUACCUUCUCACCGGUUUUGUAAGGAAUGGAUGGGAGAUGUAUGCAGUUGGAGUUGUACAAGGGGUGGAGUCUAUUGUGGGACCUCCCAUACGGAGCACAAUUUCCAAGGCAGUGGCCCUGAAAGAUCAAGGAGCUGCAUUCUCUAUCCUGUCAUCUGUCGAGGUACUGGCAGCGUUGAGUGCAGGCAUCAUCUUCUUCUUCUUUCUACCCAGUCACCCUAUCCCUGGGGCUCCCAGCUGGCACCUCGUACAUCCUGAUGGCUGUGAUUAACCUUCUUCAACUGCCUCUGACCGUGUGAGCACACACACUCACACUCGGUGCGAGCGGAGACCAAUUAGCUGUUGCAACGUUAAUUCAGAGGUUCCACAGUAUUCUGUUGGUGUACCACAAGAGACCUGGGGGAGUGUACAGAGAACAGAAGAGCAUAUCAGAGAGGGAAACUGCAGAGAACGGAGAAAACCAUGUCAGAGGGUGGUAAGGAAGAGGGGAGAAGACGGAGAGAGAGAAUAGUCCUUUACUGCAUCGUAAGACGUCACGAGACAGUCGUUACGGAGCUGCAAAUGUUCAGCGCUCCUAAUUUUUUAAAGCUAAUCUAAUUUUGUCCUCAUAAUGAUCUUGCAUUUAAAAAAUAUAUAGCAAGGUUAAUAGACACACGUCAUGGAAGAAGUAAAAGAGUAUAAUAUACACAAAAUCAGAUAGAAAAAAGAGACGGUGAACGAUUGAGAGAAAAUAUGAAUGAUUGAGAGAGGCUGUGAGUGAGAUUGGUCGAGGAAUAAAAUAAUACAUAAUGUUGUCGUGGUUUUGAGUCAUCGAUCUGUCAGUCUGUUCGUUGGUAGGACUCCUGGAGCAGAGCACCAGGUGUUGGGGGUUGUAUAUAUCGCACAGGUCGAAGAUGGUUCAGGGGAAGAAGUGAGCCAAUUUCAUGUUUGGGAAAUUGCAGCUAAUCCAGUGAAGUGAUU